AUGGCCAGCGGCGGGGGCUUUUACACGCGAGCGGCGGGCUCCGGCGCUGACUCGCCGCCGCUCCUCAGCCUGAGGCGAAGAUCGAAGCACCAAGGCCCAGAGGAAGCGGUUACGCUUGAGAAAGUGUUGGGAAUAACUACUCAGACCAGCAGUGGCUUAGCUUGUGACGCGAACACGGGGCAGAUAGCAUAUCCGACAGGGUGUGUGGUUGUGAUUUUCGAUCCUCGAAAGAAUAAACAAAGGCAUAUCUUUAAUACGUCCAGGAAGACUGUGAGUGCUUUGUCUUUCUCUCCUGAUGGGAAAUAUGUCGUAACUGGUGAGAACGGGCACAGGCCGGCAGUCCGAGUCUGGGAUGUCGAAGAGAAGACGCAAGUGUCAGAGCUCCACGGCCACAACCACGGUGUGGCCUGCGUGGCAUUCUCUCCCAACAUGAAGUACCUUGUGUCGGUGGGUUAUCCGCAUGACAUGGUUGUUAACGUGUGGGACUGGAAGAAGGACGCACUCAUUGCAUCCAACAAAGUGUCUUGCAAAGUCAUGGCCAUCUCCUUUUCGGAGGACAGCUACUUUGUUACCGUCGGCCACCGCCACGUGAAGUUCUGGUUCUUGGACGUGUCGAGGGAAGUGAAGAUUAAAGAGACGGUUCCACUGGUCGGUCGCUGUGGACUGCUUGGAGAACUCCACAACAAUAUCUUUUGCGGGGUGGCCUGCGGGCAGGGCAAAAUGUCAGGCAGCACCUUCUGCAUUUCCUAUUCCGGGCUCCUCUGCCAAUUCAACGAGAGGCGUGUGCUGGAAAAAUGGGUUGACCUGAAGGUGUCUCUGGCCAACUGCAUUUGCGUCAGCGAAGAAUUCAUUUUCUGCGGUUGCGCUAACGGAACGGUGCGGAUCUUCAACACGCACAACUUGCAGUACCUCGCAGACUUGCCAAAGCCUCACUAUUUGGGCAUUGACGUUGCCAGCGAAGAGGCGCUGAGAAGGCCCGAUGCUACCUACCCGGACACCAUUGCCUUGGCUUUUGACCUCUGCCAUCACUGGCUCUCCUGCGUGUACAAGGAUCACAGUGUAUACAUUUGGGACGUGAAGAACACCAGCCAAGUUGGGAGAGUGUGGUCCGACCUCUUCCACAGCUCGUUCGUGUGGAACGUUGAGGUUUAUCCCGAGUUCGAAGACGAUCAAGGCUGUUUGCCGCCAGGAUCCUUCCUAACGUGUUCAUCAGACAACACUGUACGUUUUUGGAACCUGGAAAAUGGCCCCCAAGUGGAUUUUCAUAAGAACGUCUACAGUGAUAACUUGCUGAAGGUUGUGUAUGUGGAAAAGAACAUCCAGCAUUUGCAAGAUUCAGCCAGUGUGCCAGACAGAGUUGAAAAUGUCGGCUACCUUGAUGUGAAAUCGGGUAUCCGUGUGAUGCAAGUCAGUCCUGAUGGCCGGCAUUUGGCCUCUGGUGACAGAGCUGGAAAUUUGAGGAUACACGAGCUAAAAUCUAUGGACGAGGUGAUGAAAGUUGAAGCCCAUGAUUCAGAAGUUCUCUGCUUAGAAUAUUCCAAGCCAGAAACUGGUUUGGCUCUGCUAGCUUCAGCAAGCCGGGACAGACUGAUCCACGUGUUAAAUGUGGAGCAAAACUAUAAACUAGAGCAGACCUUGGAUGACCAUUCCUCGGCCAUAACUGCUGUGAAGUUCAACGGAAAUGGGCACAUUCAAAUGAUUAGCUGUGGAGCUGACAAAAGCAUCUAUUUUCGCAGUCAUCAAAAGGUUGCGGACGGAAUUAACUUCGUCAGAACCCACCAUGUCGCCGAGAAAACAACCUUGUACGACAUGGAUAUCGACAUAACCCAGAAGUACGUCGCUGUGGCUUGUCAGGACAGAAAUGUCAGGGUAUACAACACGGUCACCGGGAAGCAGAAGUGGUGCUACAAAGGCUCGCAAGGUGAAGACGGAUCCCUCCUGAAGGUCCAGUUGGAUCCUUCCGGAACAUUCCUGGCUACCAGUUGCUCUGACAAGAGCAUUUCCAUUAUCGACUUCCACUCCAGAGAGUGUGUUGCCAAAAUGUUUGGACAUUCAGAAGUCGUUACAGGGAUGACAUUUACCUUUGACUGCAAACACUUGAUCACCGUCUCGGGAGACAGUUGCAUCUUUGUGUGGCAUCUGAGCCCUGAAAUUACCAGCUGUAUGAAACAGCACUUGAGGGAACUGGAUCAGGUCCAAGAGCGGAAGAAAGCCCGGGAGCACACCUGGUCUCAUCGGCUCAGGCAGGAGGCUUAUGUUGCUGGGCCAAGCAGAAAGCUCCCCCGUGAUUCUGACCCCCUGGCUGGUUACGUCACAGAGGAGGAGGAGGAGGAGGAGGAGGAAGAAGAAGAGGAGGAGGAGGAAGAGGAAGAAGCCUCUCUUCAUACUCCCACUAAAGAUGACCUUGAUAUAGCUCCACCUUGCUUCCUCACCAAUGGCAAACUGCCGAUGUGGGCAAAGAGAUUGCUAGGAGAGGCAGAUAAUGCGGAGGGUUCUACGUCUAACUCCAGGGUGAGUUAUCAGCCACAAGGACGAUGGGCAGAAAGGGCAGACAAAGAGCCGAUUAAAACCCUCUUGGAUGCUGAGCCUUUUGACUUCACCCCAGUGAAAAACCGCAGCAUGGAUGACGUUGAAUUGGAGCCGCAGAAUCUAGAGCAGCGGCUCCUGGAGUCCGAGAGCUCCCCCGGCAACAUCAUCGAAGACUUCAAACAGCCAGAUUUGUCUUCUGAAGAUGAGGUGGCUCAGGAGCUCGAGGUCAGCGAGAGCCGCCCGUGUGACCCGCAGGCUGGCAACAGCCCAUCUGCUGGACAGAGGAGAUCCGUGAAGGCGCUGCCCCUUCAGCCAGUUUAUCACAAGGAGGCUGAUAAGACAAGAGAGAAGUCGCCAGAUAAAAUCUACUCUGUGGCUUCCUUCGGUUCUGAGGCUUCUGCUUUUGGUCACCAACAGGAAGACCCAGAGUCUCUUCUUUCGGAGGCAGAAGCCGAAGUGACUGACCUAGAGGAGAAUUUCCAGCAGAGCAACUCUUUGCCCCAAACCCCCGAGCAAGAGAAAUACCUCAAGCACCACUUUGAGACGCUGGCUGACGCCCACGCUGAAGAAAAGUUUGACAGUUGCAUAAAGGAUCUGAAGCCGCCUGAAGAGGACGAGGACCCCCGGUUUCUCAACCCUCGCCUCAGCAUUUCUGCCCGAUUUCUCUCUCGCUGCCAAAAAACCAGCAGGUUUGCCGCUGCCUUUCCUCCAAGGUUCCGCCAGCCCAUGCCGGCAACCGCUGCUGCGGAGCAGGGCAAAGAGGAGCGCCUGUUACCCCGCGAGCCCAAGAAACCGGAGAAGCCUUCAGCAGAAACUCACUCGGAUUUGAAGGAAAAGGUUGAUGCUAAAACACGCGGUGUUUCAGAAGCACAGGUUCUUGUCAGAAACUUUGAGAUGAGCCUGCAGUCUUUCUGCACCAAAUUUCAAGAGACUUUGCAGCUUUACGACCAGGUGACGUCCUGCAAUGAUUCAACGGAGGAGGAGUUCCUCCAUGUAAAGGACAAGCUGGUUAGUACUUCCUCUUGGAUGAAGAAGGAACUGGACUCUAGAGCCAUAAAGAAUAACAUGGAUGUGGCUACCACCACCGACAGCCCGUCCCUCUGGCUUAAGCGCCUUCAGGACAGCGAGACCAGUGCUCUCCUGAAACAUUACUCCGACUUGCUGCUGAAUAUGGUCCAGAAGAAGCUGGAGGAAGCUAACAAGGAGGACGUGGCCUGAACCUCCACGAGCAGCAUCCGUUUUGCUUCCCCAUCCUCCCCACGCCCCAAAUUCUAAUGCACUGGUUAGACAUGAGAAAAUACGGACAUGUAUUUCUAUGUAACUCCUGAGGAGUUGGCUGUUCUUAGAAAUAAUGGAUUAGUAUUUCACCUCCGGCAUUCCUUUGCUUCCAGGGGGAAAGUUCAAACUUUUACACACAAAUACUGACAAGUUUGGGUUGUGUUUGUUUGGUUUUGUCAGCUUUUGUCAGCAGCCUCUUAUCAAAAGCAUUCUUUAUAAGAAUGAGUUAAGCGAGAAGAGCCUUUGAAGUCCAUGCAGG